CCGACAGAACGAGGGGACGUAACGGAGGCAGGUUGGAGCCGCUGCCGUCGCCAUGACCCGCGGUAACCAGCGUGAGCUCGCCCGCCAGAAGAAUAUGAAAAAGCAGAGCGACUCGGUUAAGGGAAAGCGCCGAGAUGACGGGCUUUCUGCUGCCGCCCGCAAGCAGAGGGUGGGAGUACAGCAGCCAAACGCUGAACUUAGUCCCAUCCACUUCCAUCUUAUCCUUUGUGCCCUUCAUCCCCCUGCAUCUUGUCCUUUUUGCCCUCUGGUACCUCCCAGUGCCCCAUCAUCUCUACCCCCAGGGACUCGGAGAUCAUGCAGCAGAAGCAGAAAAAGGCAAACGAGAAGAAGGAGGAACCCAAGUAGCUUUGUGGCUUCGUGUCCAACCCUCUUGCCCUUCGCCUGUGUGCCUGGAGCCAGUCCCACCACGCUCGCGUUUCCUCCUGUAGUGCUCACAGGUCCCAGCACCGAUGGCAUUCCCUUUGCCCUGAGUCUGCAGCGGGUCCCUUUUGUGCUUCCUUCCCCUCAGGUAGCCUCUCUCCCCCUGGGCCACUCCCGGGGGUGAGGGGGUUACCCCUUCCCAGUGUUUUUUAUUCCUGUGGGGCUCACCCCAAAGUAUUAAAAGUAGCUUUGUAAUU